AUGCUCUCCUUCUCCUCCACUCGCUCGCUUCCUAGUUCCUACACGCGCGCCAUCAUGCACCACGCCGUUGUUAGUGUUCCGGUAGCGGUCGCCGCUGCCAUGCUCUACGCGCGCCUCGUUGCAGCCCACCUAGCUCCUGGAAUUGGCCGCCUCCUCGCCUUCACCCCUGUGCUUGCCCUUCUCCUCGUGCUCCCGUUUGCUAUCCCGCUCUACGGCGCCCGAGGAACGGCGGCUUUCUUCCUCGUCUGGCUAGGUGAGUUCAAGCUCCUCCUCCUCGCCUCCGGCCGUGGCCCACUGGAUCCCUCCGUCCCUACCGUCGCCUUCGUCUUCAGCGCCGCUCUCCCGGUUAAGCUCACCCAAGAGCCGCCCAGUGAUGACGGCGUGGUCGCCAAGCGUGCCUCUCUGCCUAUCGUGUCUCUGGCCAUCAAGCUCGCCGUCAUGGCGGUGGCCAUCUUCUACCUCCUCCGUGAAAAGAACGAGAUGAACGGUUAUAUGGCCUGCACCUUUUAUGCCGUGGUCAUGUACUGCUUCCUGGACUUCCUCCUGCCGUGCGUCGCCGCGGUGGCCGGCGCACUGGGCAUGGAGCUGGAGCCCCAGUUCGACAGACCGUACCUCUCCUCCUCGCUGCAGGACUUCUGGGGACGGAGGUGGAACCUCAUGGCGUCGGCGGUGCUCCGUCCGGCGGUCUACCACCCCGUCAAGGCACGCCUCGGCGCGCCGGCCGGCGUGUUCGGGACGUUCCUCGUGUCGGGGCUGAUGCACGAGGUGAUCGCGUACUACAUCUCGUUCCGAGCGCCUACCGGGCAAGUCACGGCGUUCUUCGCGCUCCACGGGUUCUGCGUGUGCGCCGAGAGAUGGUGCGCCCGCAGGUGCAGGCGGGGACCGCCGCGGGCCGUGGCGACGGUGCUCGUCGUGGGGUUCGUCGCAGUCACGGCGUUCUCGCUCUUCUUCCCGGCGAUCUUCGGGGAUGGGGUGGAUGACAUUUUUCUCGCCGAGUUCGGCGCGUUGGGCUCAUCUUUCGUGUUCUGUGGACAGCGGCUCUUGGGGCACGACCACUAGUGCAACAAUGCUAUACAACGACUAGCGUCAGUCUCGCUAUACGUACGAUCUAAUUGUACUACCUGCAUAUGAAUAAAACACUGUCACCAUUGAUUAUGCAAAGAGGGUGCAAAGAGGGUUAAGUGAGUGGCACUGUAGCCUUUGACCAAUUGAGUUGUAUGUAAGUUGGAUGGUGUAGAGUCGUAUCCACAGUAAUUUUUAGUGCGCAAAAGGGCCAGUCAUCUCAUCCAUUUCAAGGGUCACUACUAAUUGUGCACG